AUGUGUCAUGUAUGAUAACAAAUAAAAUACUGUAUGAUACUAAUAUAUGAUACUAUGCAUUUGAGAGGUAUCAUAUGCAUGAUACUAGUAUAUGAUUCUCCCUAUUACAACCAGCCUCAUGGCACUAGCCAUUCUAACAAAGUGGCGAUUACUUGGCCUAUGAGGAACGUCGUUGCAACAACAACAACGACAAAAGGUCUGGGGCAGUUGAACCAGGCUUGAGGCCGUCGGGGAAGGCAGUGUGGGGGAGGAGGUGCACUUGAGGCCGUAGGAAGGGGAGGAUGAGCCCGCCGGCUCAAACCUCGUCCAGAUCUGGCUGACCAUGGCGGAGCGGCAGCAGCGGGCGACAGGCCACGGCGAAGCGGUGGGUGCAUACGUCGUGGUGGCGCAACGGGGGCCACCUCCCUUCCGCCGGCGAGCAGCUCCACCACCCAUCCUCCCUCCUUCCUGUAGCUCCACACGCUCCUUCUUGCGCGGCAGCCGAAGCUGCAGUCCGCAUCCUGCGCGCGGAGCUGGACUCCGGCGAGACGCGGCGGCUCGACGACUUUUAGGCGACAGCCGAGCGGAACCGGGUGGAGACGAUGCCGACGGCGUUUGGUGCGGCAUGAGCAAGGGAGGCUGGAGGAGCCCGACUUCCAUGACGGCGUGGGGAGAAAAGAAAGGAGGGGGAGUCACGGGCAGCACGCCGGAGUUGGAGACUGACGGGCGGUGUGGUUCCAGGCACGGGACCAGAGACCGACGGAGGUGCCAGAGAAACUCCUCGCAGCCAGCAGCCAGGGCGCCACAACGGCCAAGGCACCUCGCGGCAACGGCCAGGGCGUGGCACCAACACGCGGCGACGUACUCGGGCGCAUCUCGGGCAGCCACGCCCGGAGGAGUGCCUGAAUCGCCGGCCUUCAGCGAGACUCCGGCAGGUGCUUCCGGCGGCGGUGAUGUGGAAUCGAGAGGAGAGGGAAGCUUCAGAGUCAGACACUCCGCUGAGGUCACCUACUAGCUCAGGGAGGUUAGAGGUCGCCGAGACGAUGUGGUCGAAGGCAACUACGCAGUCACAAAUUCAUGACCACAUGGCCGACGGCGGAGGCGGCGGCCGUAACUCUCUUCCCCAAGAACCAGCGUGCAACUCUUGCUCUCUUCCUCGGGACCCGGCGGCAGGCAACCAGGUAGCUCGCAUGGGAGGCCAC